AGCUGACGAGGGGGACGGGAUUUUCAACUGCAUCACGUAGGCUCCAUCCCGGAAGUGGUUAUUGACUGUCUCCAUGCGCCGGUUCCUGCGCGUUGUAGAGCCAAGGCGCGAGGCUUGGACGGGACGGUAGAGCCGGAGGGAACGCUAAGCAUCCUCCGCCCGGACCGUGAUCCGCUGCGCCAGCGGGGCUGGCCCCGGCGCCAUCAUGCUACUCCUGCCGAGCGCCGCGGACGGCCAGGGCACCGCCAUCACCCACGCUCUAAUCUCUGCCUCUACACUCUGUCAAGUUGAACCUGUGGGAAGAUGGUUUGAAGCUUUUGUUAAGAGGAGAAACAGAAAUGCUUCUGCCUCUUUUCAGGAACUGGAGGAUAAGAAAGAGUUAUCAGAGGAAUCAGAAGAUGAAGAAUUGCAGUUGGAAGAGUUUCCCAUGCUGAAAACACUUGAUCCCAAAGACUGGAAGAACCAGGAUCAUUAUGCAGUUCUUGGACUUGGCCAUGUAAGAUACAAAGCUACACAGAGACAGAUCAAAGCAGCUCGUAAGUACUUUGUUACCUCAGCUUAUGAAAUGUUGUCUGAUCCAGUGAAAAGACGAGCAUUUAACAGUGUAGAUCCUACUUUUGAUAAUUCAGUUCCUUCCAAAAGUGAAGCAAAAGAGAAUUUCUUUGAAGUAUUUUCCCCUGUGUUUGAAAGGAAUUCCAGGUGGUCAAAUAAAAAAAACGUUCCUAAACUUGGUGAUAUGAAUUCAUCAUUUGAAGAUGUGGAUGCAUUUUACUCCUUCUGGUAUAAUUUUGAUUCUUGGAGAGAAUUUUCUUAUUUAGAUGAAGAAGAAAAAGAAAAAGCAGAAUGUCGUGAUGAGAGACGAUGGAUUGAAAAGCAGAAUAGAGCAACAAGGGCACAAAGAAAAAAAGAAGAAAUGAACAGAAUAAGAACACUGGUUGAUAAUGCAUAUAGCUGUGAUCCAAGGAUAAAAAAAUUCAAGGAAGAAGAAAAGGCCAAGAAAGAAGCAGAGAAGAAAGCAAAAGCAGAAGCAAAACGGAAGGAGCAAGAAGCUAAAGAAAAGCAAAGACAAGCUGAAUUAGAAGCUGCUCGGUUAGCUAAAGAGAAAGAAGAAGAGGAAGUUAGACAACAAGCAUUACUGGCAAAGAAGGAGAAAGAUAUCCAGAAAAAAGCCAUUAAGAGGGAAAGACAGAAACUUCGAAAUUCAUGCAAGACCUGGAAUCACUUUUCUGACAAUGAAGCAGAGCGGGUUAAAAUGAUGGAAGAAGUGGAAAAACUUUGUGAUCGACUUGAAUUAGCAAGCUUACAGUGCUUGAAUGAAACACUCACAUCAUCUACUAAAGAAGUAGGAAAGGCUGCUCUGGAAAAACAGAUAGAAGAAAUAAAUGAGCAGAUUAGAAAAGAGAAAGAGGAAGCUGAGGCUCGUAUGCGACAAGCAUCCAAGAAUGCUGAGAAAUCAACUGGUGGAGGUGGAAAUGGCAGUAAAAAUUGGUCAGAAGAUGAUCUGCAAUUACUAAUUAAAGCUGUGAACCUCUUCCCUGCUGGAACAAAUUCAAGAUGGGAAGUUAUUGCCAAUUACAUGAACAUACAUUCUUCUUCUGGAGUCAAGAGAACUGCCAAAGACGUUAUUGGCAAAGCAAAGAGUCUCCAAAAACUUGAUCCUCAUCAAAAAGAUGACAUAAACAAAAAGGCUUUUGAUAAAUUUAAAAAAGAGCAUGGAGUGGUACCUCAAGCAGAAAAUGCAACGCCUUCGGAACGAUUUGAAGGUCCGUGCACAGAUUUCACCCCUUGGACAACAGAAGAACAGAAGCUUUUGGAACAAGCUUUGAAAACGUAUCCAGUAAAUACACCUGAAAGAUGGGAAAAAAUAGCAGACACAGUGCCUGGCAGAACAAAGAAAGACUGCAUGAAACGAUACAAGGAACUUGUUGAGAUGGUAAAAGCAAAGAAAGCUGCUCAAGAGCAAGUGAUGAAUGCAAGUAGAGCCAAGAAAUGACUCAAUGACAAUCUUUGUUGUGUGUGCAUUUUUAUAAUAAAACUGAAAAUACUGUACAAAUUUUCA